AAGAUGGCGGCACCCAGGGGUUGGCUGGGAACCGUAGAGGCUGAGGGGAUCUCGGGUCGUCAGGGAAGCUCGGGAGUGGAGGUGGUAUUUCCUUCCGAUCCCGCCACACCCGCCCCGCUGUGCCCUCACGGACCCACUCUUCUGUUUGUAAAGGUGAACCAAGGGAAAGAAGAAACACGGAGAUUCUAUGCCUGCUCAGCCUGUAGAGAUAGAAAAGACUGUAAUUUCUUUCAGUGGGAAGAUGAAAAGUUGUCAGGAGCUAGACUUGCUGCCCGAGAAGCUCAUAACCAAAAAUGCCAGCCUCCUCUCUCCCGAACGCAGUGUGUGGAAAGGUAUGCAGCCAGACAUCAAUUCCAGCCAACAUUCCACAGAUUUUUCUUACCUUUGCUUCUUUACACAGUGCUCUUUAGGAGGUACGUGAAGUUCAUUGAGUUGUCCUUGUCUCAGAGGAAGUUUUGUCAGGGAUGUCAGCAGCUGCUGUUGCCAGAUGACUGGGAGAAGCAUCAGGAGCACCGGGUGGUAGGUGAUAUUUCUAUCACACAGUUGAAAAGGCCCAGUCAGCUUCUUUAUCCACUGGAAAACAAGAAGACAAAUGCCCAGUAUCUGUUCACUGAUCGGAGCUGUCAGUUCUUGGUAGACCUACUUUCUACCCUUGGAUUCACAAGAGUCCUGUGUGUUGGAACACCGAGGUUGCAUGAGCUGAUCAGAUUGAAAGCAUCAGGUGAAAAGAAGUCUAACAUUAAAAGCCUUUUAUUGGAUAUCGAUUUUAGGUAUUCACAGUUUUAUAUGGAAGAUAGCUUUUGCCAUUAUAACAUGUUUAACCAUCACUUCUUUGAUGGAAAGGCUGCCCUUGAAGUAUGCAGAACAUUUUUACAGGAAGAUAAAGGUGAGGGAGUCAUUAUGGUGACAGAUCCUCCUUUUGGUGGCUUGGUUGAACCUCUGGCUGUUACAUUCAAGAAGUUAAUUGCUAUGUGGAAAGAAGGUCAAAGCCAAGAUAACAGUCAAAAAGAACUGCCCAUAUUCUGGAUUUUCCCCUAUUUUUUUGAAUUCCGAAUUCGUCAGUUUUUUCCAAGCUUCUGCAUGCUGGAUUACCAGCACUUCCAUAGGACGUUUAUUUGUGUGGAUGAAGCUAUGAAAUAUGGAUGUAUGUUAGAGGUAGAUUAUGAUAAUCAUGCACUUUAUAAACAUGGGAAGACAGGUCGAAAACAGUCUCCUGUGCGUAUUUUCACCAAUAUUCCACCCAACAAAAUAAUCCUUCCUAGCGAGGAAGGGUACAGAUUUUGCCCUUUGUGUCAACGGUAUGUUUCCCUAGAGAAUCAACACUGUGAGCACUGUAAUUCUUGUACCUCCAAGGGUUCAGUCCCAGGACACCAGGAUCAUGACCUGGGCCAAAGGCAGAUACUUAACCAACUGAGCCACCCAGAUGCCCCUAAAUUCACUUUAUGUGAGGAUGGCAGGAAAUGGAACCAUUGCUUUCUCUGCAAAAAGUGUGUAAAACCUUCCUGGAUCCACUGUAGCAUUUGUAGUCACUGUGCUCUUCCAGAUCAUUCUUGUGGGGCCCCUAAAGAUGGCUGCUUUAUUUGUGGUGAAUUAGACCACAAACGCAGUACUUGUCCUAAGAUCGCUACAUCUAAGAAAGUGAACAAAGCUGUCAGAAAGCAGAAGCAAAGAAAAAGUAAUAAGAUGAAAAUGGGGACCACUAAAGGACAAUCCAUGAAUCAUACAUCUGUUACAAGGAAGAAGAGCAGGAGAGAAAGAGCCCAUCAAUAUCUUUGCUCUUAAAUGUCCAGUGACUUGAGAAUAAGAAAGAUUUAUAGUCCAACCUUUGAUGCCAUUUUCUGAAAGUGCCACACUGGACUUAAAUUCUUUCGCUUUCAAAGGUAUGCACCUUUCUAAGGCAGAUAAUGGGCAGGUGGUAUUUGCUGGUUUAUGGACCCCUGUGCAGCCCCUCUGGAGACCUGGAGGAGGUGUUCCAUCCUGAGCUGGUCGACCAGAUCUCUCUGUAUGCCUUUUUUUUUCCUCUCUUUUAAUUCUCUCUGAAUCAUAUGAUUUUGGCCUCUUUUGAAAAAACGGGCAUGCAGCGUUCUUUUGCAGAAAGUGUCAGAAGAAAAAUGAAAGUGAAAACUUGAGCUCUUGUUUACAUUGAACGCAAGUGUGUUAAAUUAGGUCUAGAAAUCUUUUACGUUAAAUAUCAAAACAUUGUAUGAUGACUUAAACCCCACUUGCGAAGUAAAGUACAAUGAACAAUUAUUUUUAGACAAAAUGAUGGGAAUAAUUUUGACAAAACUAAAGAUAUAAAGAUUAUAAUUAUGAUUUUAUUAUUAAAUAUUUGUCUCUCAAGUACUUUUUGUAGUGUCCUUUGAUAUAAUAGAACCAUUUAAAUGUUGUAGGAUAAAUGAGACAUCUAGAAUUAUGACUUGCUCUGUCAUCUCAGUGUCUUUUAACUUAAGCAGUAAGGUUAUUUCUUUGUAAAAGUAAUAGAAGGCAGGAGAGUUUGGGGAUUAAAACCUCUCAUCCCUAUUCUGACAAACGCUUCUUGACUGUAAGUCAUUGGCCAGGUCGUUCACUUGCAGCCCAUUUCUUAUUAUUAUAUAAUUACUUGAUUAUAUAACAGUAGUUAUACCACAGGCUUGUUUUCGUGAUGACGUUAAAUGGGGCACAAGUGCCUGGCUCUCAGUUCUGUUGGUGAGAAAUGUUACCAAGUGCAGAUGGCUGGAGCCCUAGUGGUAAUCAUCUGGUGGUCCAGGAUCAUAGCGGUGAAGGAACCAGGCUUGAACUCUGAGAACAAACAGUCUCCCCGUGUCUCUGCUACGUACCUGACAUGAUCUUCAUAAGACUGCAUACUUUUGAACUGCUUGCAUUUGCAUAAUGACUUUUCUUCCCAAACAGCUGCUUUAGAGCAGGUUUGGAGGCAUGCUUACUUGGGCUUAGCUAGAGUGCUUGAGUGAAGGUACAAGAGCUGCUCCCCAUCUGGCCUGGAAAAUCCAUCUGGUCUUUAAGUUAGGACUGUUUGAUGCCUGAUGUGGAAGCACAAGCAUGGCCCUGAUCCAUGGAUUGGGGUGUAUGUAUAUUCAGUGACAUCAAAAGAUGAGCUAAGCCCCCUGGAUUUAGCAAGCAUCAUAAAACUCUUCCCUCACCCCCUUUCCAUGUGGGUUGCUAUGGUGAUCAGAGGGGUGGAUUCAGAGGUGACUGGGUGAGAUAUGAACCUUUUGCAGAAUCAUUGUGAGUGUUCCCCCCAUCCCCUGAUUCAGCCAUAGGCCUGGACUUUACUUGACCUUCAUGGUGUCCUCCAAACCAUGGUAAAGUCUCAAAAUCUCCCCUGAAAUUCAAGACAUCUGAGGGGACCGUGAUUCCUGAAGAACUAGGUCCUGCUGAUAAAUGGGUUAUUAUCCUGACCCCAUUUCCUUAGUUUUAAGGUACCAUCAAUUGUAAAAUGCACUAUUGAUGUGAUUGUGGCUUUUCUGGGGGAGAAACCCCAUAGCUCAUUAAUUGUGUAUAUUAAAUUUUAGAUGUAUCUUAUUUUGGAGAUACUGAAAUGUUAAAAAAAAAAAAGUACACCUUAGAAUUGAGGAAAUAGGGUAUUA